AUGACAGAAUACACAUUUACAUGGCCCAAAGGCCCCAACGAAGUUUUGUUAACCGGAGAUUUUGACAACUGGACCGGUAGUUUGCCAUUGGUGAAAAAUGUGUCCAGUGGCGAUUUUGCCAUCACAAUGCCCAUUUCUGGAGCACCAGACGACAAAUUCAGGUUCAAAUUCAUCGUGGACGGCGACUGGCAGACCAGUAAAGAUUACGAAACAGAAACGUCGCGCGAUGGAAUCGUUAAUAACAGCGUAAGUGUGGCGUGGCUUGCUUCAGCAUCGUCCAAGAAGCAAAACUCUUCGAAAAUCCCAGAAAUCGGUCUCAAUCUCGUGGCCCCAGAAGUCGCAGCACCCGUCUUGGGAACUCAAGCACCUCAAAAGGCUCAGCCUGCUCCUGGUUCCAACAAAAAAAACAAGAAAAAGAAGAUUCAAAUCAAACGUAGAAUCCGCAGAAACAAAAAAACCGGUGAAAGAACCGUUUUGUCUGAAGAAAGAUCAGAAAUCAGGUCUGGUACCGACACAGACACGUACGAAACCGAGGAAACGGCCACCGCCACUGCUACUUCAAGAGAAGAAACCCCGCUUCUCGCAGACGAUGACCACACCAAGGCCGUGCAUGAUCAUGAUUUCCAAAGCACCGUUAUGCCCUCUCAGGAAAAUCAGCAAAAGACAUUGGGAGAACCGGGUAUCGCAAUCAUGCCAAACCCUCAAGAAAUAAAAGAGUUUUCGGAAAUUAGAGACGUGGACCAAAAUGAGCUCAAUGAAAGACUAAACCGUGAAUUGGCCGCCAAAGAUGAUGCUGAUCUUGGCCACAUCGUAGUGAAACCCGAACCUGAAAGAAAUGAAGCCGAACCUGUUCAUUCAGAAUUGAAAAAUCCUGUCAAGGAAAAGGAUUUGAGUGCUCCUGAUUUCCCUGUCGUGCUCAAAGAUGAUACCGAAAAGGAAGCAGUUCCAUCUACAGACUACUCAGCACAAGAAAAAGAUUUGGUUGCACCAGUUCUUCAAGUGGCUUCAACUCAAGAAUCUGUUCCUAAGGCCCCAGUCCAAAACAAGGAAGUGGAACCAUCCACUACAGAAGAAAAAUCGGAGGCAACUCGUUCGGGUGUUACCGCGCCUAUUUUGGGUGUGACUCCACUUCCUUUGGGUGUAACUCCGCUACCUGUGAGUGAAACUGCUCCACCUGUCACCCACAGCAAAGAAGUGAAUGCUUUGCCUCAAGCUGAGGAUGCCGACGUCAAGGCUCUUCCACCGGCCGAACACAGCGAAACCCUUGAGUCGUCUCCUGCUCAGGCGACUGCUGCCGCUGUUGCAGCUGAUGUUGCAAAUGAAGCACAUGAAAAGGUAAACUCUGACCAUAUUUCUAAACAAGAAGACGUGUUGCCAGUACCAAAUGCACCGGUAGAGGGUAAAACCGCUUCUGUCAAGACAGUGAAGGACUUUGACAUUUCAGAGCAGCCAGAAACUUCUACAAAAGGGCCUAUUACUCAGGAACCUGUCAUUGCCAAAAAUGCCGUCGAAACAUCUCCCGCAGACGUUGACAUUGUGCUAGUUGAAGGUGAACUGGACCACUUACCACCCAAAACCUCCUUGGCUGCAGAACCCGCCGCACUUUCUCAGGCCCCACCAUCCGAAGAAGAGCCUACGGGUGAGGUCAGGGGUGUGCCUGGCGCAACAGAUCUCGUUGGCACUGAAUCGGAGGAUAAGUUUGAAGCCGAGGCUCAAGCAGGCACUGUCGAAGAAGCGCCAGAAGUUAUUUCUGAAGAGAUUGGUGUUAUUACAACUCCAGAACAAGAAGCAGAGCUGAUCAAAAAAACAUUAGAUCCUAAGCACGGUAAACCUGGUGAAACUACGGAAUUGCUGGUCGUUGAGGGAGAUAUCCCACCUUCUCAGGUUGCAGAGUACCAAGAAGCCAGCGAAGCCGCGGCUGCAGAGGCCAUUCAGAAACAAAAACCUGAAGAGGUCGCUAUUGAACAAGCUCCGAUCGUCAAGGAGACUGUCAAGUCCCAGAAGCCUGCCACUUCCAAACCAAAAGCCACUCCAGCGUCUCCGGAAAAGAAGAAGAAAAAGAAAGGUCUUUUCUCAAAGAUCAAGAAAAUCUUCAAUUAG